GAUUCCUUUCUGUUCGCGACAUCUCCUCUUGCGCGGCUAGGGCACGCGACCUCCCACCGUCGGUCGUCUCUUCUUCCUCACCACCGGCCGGCAUCUCUUUCUUCUCUUCACUGCCAUUGGCCGGACCUCCAUAGCCCACCCUUCUUCUUGAUUCCAGCAGCGACAGUAGCAAGCACCGACGAUGACUCCGAGCAUCCAAGUCACCUGUACGCCAUGCGCCACCCAAAGCUGCGAAGCAUGACACCCUCCGUCGCUUUUAACUUCUUCAGGAGGUUACCUAGUAAAGUGGAUAUGCUUCUCAGAUCUGCUAUUUAUAUAUCGCAUUCCCAUGUCAUCAUCGGCGCCAGGAACACCGAAGUUGCCAGUGAAGUAAAGCAGAGCAUUCUACAGAGCACCCCAUCUGCUAGAAUCAACAUCAUACAGAUAGAACUCAGUUCGCUCAUGUCCGUCCGAGCCUUCACUGAGAAGUUUCUUGCCAUGGAUCUUCCUCUAAACAUCUUGAUAAACAAUGUCGGCGUCAUGUACUGUCCGUUUCAACUUUCGGAGGAUGGGAUAGAGAUGCAGUUUGCUACCAAUCAUGUCGUUGCUGAUGUGAUCCUCUGGAGGAAGAAGAAUGUAACUGUUGGAAUUCUCAUCGGUGUACUUACAUCUUGGAUCAUCUUUGAGGUAGCUGGAUAUACCCUUCUGUCGCUUGUCUCAAAUGUUCUGCUUCUCUUGAUCUCCAUCCUUUUUGUGUGGGCAAAGGCUGCCGAAGUUCUCAACAGAUACACAGUGGUAGGUGUUUUGUCCCAGUCUCAAGCCGACAAUCCUUUUUGAUCAGUAUAUCUAGUAGAAGUAAGCAUGCAGAUCGUUAUCUUCGAGGCCGACUAGCUAUUUUGUGCUUUUUUUUGUUUUAAAUUUGAAUGUCACUAUCUACUUUGAAACAGAACUAUUUAGUCUUUGUGUAUAGUUGAAUUCUCCUGUAAAU